AUGGAGAAAGCAAUUCUCAUAACGUUUCUCAUAGCCACCACAUCGAUGGUUUAUCAAACUAUUGGUCAAGAAGAAGAGAUCAGUCCAAUAUCUCCUGAAUCAUUGGCAUACGAACCCGCUGCAGCUUACGAGUACGACCACGAACUCCUAAGCCACAUGACGACCCGGCGCAUCAAAUUUCUCCAAGAUUGUUCGGAUAAAAUGAGCUCGAAAUGCAAUGUUGAGAUGACGGAAGGAUUGAUCGACGACAAGCCCGUUUCGGAGGAUUGUUGUGUGAACUUUUUGAAGAUUGGAAGAGAAUGUCACGAAGGAUUGAUGACUUUUGUGUUCGCCACUUAUGAGCUAAAAGAUGUUGCUUCUGCGAUUCUUCCUAGGAGCAAACGGAUGUGGAAUAAAUGUGUUGAGACCACUGCUGCUAAGAUUGGUGCUCCUCUCGCUUUUGAAACUUGAUUUUUAAGUUAAUGAUCAUAAAAAGUUAUAUUUAUCCAAUUAUACAUACACUAGAUCAUAACCCGUGCUAUACAGCACGGGCAUUAAUAUUUUUCAUGAAUAAAAUUGAAUACUUUGUUUUAAUUAUCUAAGUGUAAAAGUGAUGCUAUAAU